AUGUCUCGCACCGACAUGUAUGACUGGAUGACCACCAUCGUACUCCGUCAGAAGACCCACGAAUUCCGCAAAGUCCUCUAUCCCGCCUCCGUCCGCCGCGUUUGGUUCUACGAGACCUCCCCCAUUAGCGCCAUUCGCUACGUCUGCGAAAUCGGUCCUCCCGUCAUCCGCCCCUCCCCCUCAGCUGGCGAAGUAGACACCUCCCCGGGCUCUUGGCUCCCGGAUGACGGGUCGAUAGGAAACGCGGAGUACAAUGCCCGUACUGGCUUGUUCGCGAAUUGCGAUUAUGCCUACCCCGUUCUGUCGUGCGUUAGGUUGAAGGAGGCGAUCCCGCUGGCGAGGAUGAGGGAGGACUAUGGGAUCAAGUUGGCGCCGAAGGGGAUGAUAUACGUGCCGGAGGCGAUGAGGGAGGCGUUGGACUUGGGGGAGCAGGAGAAGGUAUGGUAG